CCAUUUCACUUCAAGGUCACAUAAACAAAAAAAAAACAAACAAAAAAAUGAUUAAAUAUGAACGUCUUCGUUGCACGGUUUCCGAAUGUCACGAGAGUGGCAUGCAAGACAGCAGCUCUAUGUUCAAGUUUCCUUCAAAGCCGAGCGUCAGGCUGAAGUGGAUGGAGAAUCUCUGCAUGCCAAAGGACGCAAAACUCUCGAAUCGACGGGUGUGCCGGCGACACUUUGAGCCGCACUGUUUCGGCAAGUCCAAAUUGUUCGCCUGGGCAGUACCAACGCUCUUUGUGGGCAAGACAGACGGACUGCACCAUGGCGCCGCAAAGAAGAAAAAGUUGGUGCGAAAGUGCUGCAUUGGGGAUUGCACGACACGAUCGCCGCCCGAUAGAUUGCACUGUUUUCCCACAGAGCCGCAGUUGCGAACAGAGUGGAUGAAGCUGUGCAGGCUUAAAGACGGACUAAAGUGGCCCUUCAUAUGCUCCAGACACUUUCGUCCGAGUCUGCUGCCCAACAAAAACAGCAAGUUGCCAAAGCAAGCCUUACCUGAACUGAAUCUUGGCACUGACACUGAAGAUCCCUUGGAUCUCCCUCUCAGGAACAAGGCUGAAGAUGAGGGAAUCGACGAGGACAAUUCGAAAGGUACUGAUGGCGCUGACUCGUGUCCAUCCUGCCAAGGAACCAAAGACAUCAGCGUUAACUUGCAACAACAGCUGGCUGCUGCUCUUCUUAGAAUACAGGAACUUGAGCAGAGACUUGAAGAUCACGCGGACACCGAAGAGGAGGAGUACAUUUUCAUGCUGAUGAAAUAAAUAAAGUACAUAUCU